AUGAGUGUUGCCACGAUAGUUGUCCUACUUUCAUCUCUCAUUGUACAGACUGUAGCCGCUCAUCAAUUAGUAGGUCAAAAUGGCACCACGAAAAUUACAAAACUGGCCAAACGUUACGAAUCUAACUUUGACAUAUUAAUCGAGCGGUUGUCAUCGAUAAGUUGGGGGGAGGACGAAAAGAUUUGCUUGGAUCAGAUUCUGGAUACAAUUCACAAUGCGAAGAACGCCACCCUUUGGGCAACAUGGGUGUGGGACAGCAUGCAGCUACCAGCUGGACAGUUAUUCGGUUCGAGGUACCACCUCGGGAACUACGAUCAAUGUUUGCGAGAAAAGGUGGCAGCCUCCCGCCCACCAUUUCCCACGCAGUACUGCGUAGCUAAUGUCCUCCUACAAGCCACUUCGAAGAUCACUAGUCUGCCUGACAGUCUAGAUCCCUUCGGCUCAGCGGAUGAGUAUAUACGAUCCAAGACGGGAUUGCUUCAGCGCUUCAAUGAAAUGGAUUGGGGCGUGUGCUUGCCGCGAGUCUGCAAACCGAAAUCGGUGGAGGCCUUUGCGAGGGUUCUGUUGAAGCAGAGUCACUUGGGGCAUCUGAGCUCUCCCCACAAGAUGACCAUUAGAUGCGAGGUGCCAGGGCAACCCGAUGAAAACGCUGACGGAAUAAACGUCUUGCUAAAGGGCGCCUUGUUAGUUACACUGAUAGUAGUGACUUGUACGGUUUACCUGUCCCAAAAGCGGACAGAGAAUCCUCCUUCAUUCGCGGACUCCGUCCUACGAUGCUUAUGCCUGAAGAGGAACGCCAAGGAAUUGAUGCAGAGAAACGAAAAUGAUGUCAAUGUUUUGCACGGCAUGCGUUUCAUAUCCUCCGCCGUUAUAGUCCUGAUCCAUGUGGUAUUCGCUAUGCUCUUCGUUACCGUGGGUAACGGCUUGGACUUUGAAGAGCACCUCAAUAGUUAUGGGAUAAAGAUACUGAACUUUGUGAUAGCCGUGGAUACGUUCUUCUUUAUGUCGGGGCUGUUGUUUAUGAGAAACAUUAAGAAUAACACCACGAUCCGGAGCCUUGUGGAAACUUUAAUAAAGAGAUAUUUCCGCCUUAUCUGGUGGUACAUAGCGAACAUACUGAUCAUAUUCUUCGUUCUACCGAGUUCCGGCUGUGGGCCGGUGUGCCCAAAGUUUGCUAAGCCCGAGCUCGAAAGCUGCUAUAAAACUUGGUGGUCAGGCAUGCUGAUGGUGGGAAAUUACCACAACGUGCAUCGUGUGUGCGCACCGGUCGCUUGGUAUAUUUUCUGCGACUUCCAACUAGCCGUCGUCUCUGCCGUGCUGUUUUGGAUUUAUCAGAAGCAAAAGCGAGUUGGUAUCAUCUGUUUUGCGAUUCUCACUACACUCAGCAUCUUGAUACCUGGUUGGUUUGUUUACACUGUGCCAGAACUUGGCAUUGUAACAUUUGAUUUCGAUAUGUACUGGACCAUGAGGGAUCCUAUCAUUAGGACGCCGAAGAUGUCUCUGUACGGGAAGACUCAUCACAGAGCCAGUCCGUAUUUGAUUGGCGUCAUCAUGGGUUACAUAAUGGCCAAUUACAAUGAAAAGGAUCUAAGAAGUUUCUUCACAAAGAAACGUAUCAUUAAAGGUUUCCUGAUGUCAACGGGGAUGAUAGUCAUACUUCUGGUUGCCUACGAAAACGGAAGCGAAUCGCUGAAGAGUGCUCUCUUGUUGGCUUUGCACAGACCAAUCUGGGCGUUAUUUCUGAGCGCUGUGGUCGGUCUUUGCGAAUAUGGAAGAUUUCCUCUCGUCAAUGACUUCCUCUCCUGGAGAGCAUUCGCUCCACUGAGCAAGCUCACAUAUGGAAUUUACAUGAUUCACUGUACUAUCAUCAUGGUUAACACGGCGUGUACAAGGAGCCCGCUGUACUUCAAUGCUGGAAUAUUGGCGGAAAAGUUUCUGGGUAAUCUCGUGCUGGCUGCCUUCGCAAGCUUAUUCUUUAUGCUCUUCGUUGAAUCACCACUGAAUAAUCUGGUGAAAUUGAUGUUGGCUAGAUGUGACAAUAGUAAACAGAAGGCCGUUCAAAAUGGAGGCGAUGAAAUUAGCACGAAUAGGACCAACUCAGAUACAAUGCAAUCAGAUCACAAACACAAAAAACUA